AUGAGCGACCUUCUCGAUACGUUUGACAAGAUGCCAAAGAUCCGGCAGUUUGAUGCGUUCCCAAAGACGCAGUCCAUCUAUACUCAACGGUCGAGCCGCGGCGGCCUGCUCACCGUCGUCGUGUCGUGCCUGCUGUGCUUCCUGCUGUGGACCGAGUUUAGCGAGUACCUCUACGGCGAGCGCGCCUACUCGUUCCACGUCGACGACACCGUCUCGAGCAGCAUGCAAAUCAACAUCGACAUGACCGUCGCCAUGCAGUGCCACUACCUCACCAUCGACGUCCGCGACGCCGUCGGCGACCGCCUCCACGUCAGCGAGCGCGAGUUCACAAAGGACGGCACCACGUUUGAAAUCGGACACGCAGGACGCCUCGACGCCCUGCCCAUGCCCGACCUCUCGGUCGACAAGACCAUCAGCGCAGCCAAGCGCAAGAGCUUCCUGCCGUCGUACAGCAAGCGGCCCCAGAACAAAAAGUUCCACAAGCAGCCCGCCUUUCAAAAGACGGCCCACGUCGUCCAGGACGGGCCCGCCUGUCGCAUCUAUGGCAGCAUGGAGGUCAAGCGCGUCAGCGGCAACCUGCACAUUACCACGCUCGGGCACGGAUACGGCAGCUUUGAGCACACGGCGCACGAGCUCAUGAACCUGUCGCACGUCGUGCACGAGUUCAGCUUCGGACCCUACUUUCCGCUCAUCGCACAGCCCCUCGACUCGAGCGUAGAGAUUACCAAGGAGCACUUUACCGUCUUCCAGUACUUCACCUCGGUCGUGCCGACGCUGUUCAUCGACUCGCGCGGGCGGCGGCUCAAGACGCACCAGUACAGCGUGACCGACUACUCGCGCAACAUCGAGCACGGCGCGGGCGUCCCCGGCAUCUUUAUCAAGUACGACAUCGAGCCCAUCGUGCUGACGGUGCGCGAGCGCUCGACGACGCUGGUCCAGUUCCUCGUCCGCCUCGCCGGCGUCGUCGGCGGCGUGUGGGUCUGCGUCGGCUACGCCUUCCGCACCCUCGACCGCCUCGGCCGCGUCGCAAAGACGGUCUCGCACGGCGGACGCACCGACGACUCGCCCGAGGGCUACGCCGCCUCGUACGGCUACCAGCGCCCCUCGCACAUCGGCGGCCUCACCGUCGACCGCCGAUCCACCUCGUCCGGCUGGCUCAACGGCGGCGCAGACACCGUCGAGGCCAUGAAGCAAAAGUGGGCAGGACUCGGACAGGGAGGCGCACCAAAGACCCACAGAAAGGUCGACAGCGUCCAGCAGCGGAUCUUUUCAGAAGAGGGCCGGGCGUGGUAG